AUGGAUGCCUACUACGGCGCGAGCCACGUCUUGCGCGAUAUCGACUUUUCGGUUCAGGGUGGCGAAAUCGUCAGUAUUUUGGGGCGGAACGGCGUCGGCAAGACAACGCUGCUCAAGAGCAUUCUGGGUCUUGAGGUUCGCACGCUCGGCACGAUCACGUUAGACGGCAAGGAUAUCACCGGCAGGCCGACCUAUCUUCGCGCCCGCGCCGGGAUCGGUUACGUGCCCCAAGGACGGGAGCUCAUUCCCGAUUUUUCGAUUCGCGACAACAUUCUGAUGGGAUGUUACGCGCGCGCCGACCGCAGGCGGCUGGUGCCCGAUCUGGUCAGGGACUUGUUCCCCUAUUUGCGCGACAACCUCGGUCGCAGAGCGGGACUGUUAUCGGGCGGUCAGCAACAGCAGCUGGCGAUCGCACGGGCACUGGCGUCCGAGCCCCGCAUCCUGCUGCUCGAUGAGCCCACGGAGGGCAUUCAGCCCAACAUCGUCGAGCAGAUCGAGGACACGAUUCAGCGGCUCAACAAACAGAUCGGCCUGACGAUCGUUCUUGUGGAGCAGAACGUGAAAUUCGCGCGGGCGGCGUCCCAGCAUUUCUGCGUUAUCGAGAAAGGCGAGAUCGCAGCGAGCGGAGCGAUCGACGCGUUGACCGACGAUAUCGUGCGCAAGCACAUGACGAUUUAG